UUAUAAUAAUCAACGUUAGGUGUCCUCCAAAGUUGUGCUCUUGGAGGGAUUGGCCGACCUCUGGCAGUUUUGAUGAAGAUCAACCCGCCCGUCUUUGUUCUUCAUCUGUAUGAUGUCGAGAAUACUGCUGGUGUCACCGCGGAUAUUAGCCCCAUGGACACCGGUACCGUGGUCCGUGGGUUUUGUGGGACAGCAACAAGUGGAGGAAUUGUCAACAUAAAUGCCGGAGUGAUCAGAACCCUUUGUGAUGGAAUUACCAAAUGUUGCCCGAAAGCUAUUGUCAACCUGAUUAGCAACCCUGUUAUAACCACAGCUUCCGUUGCAGCCAAAGUUUUCAAGAGAGCUUGCCCUUAUGAUCCAAAGAAACUGUUGGGUGUGACCAUGCUCGUCUUAACUAAUUUGUGAAGUACUAGGUCUUGAUCCAAGAGAAGUUGAUGUUCCAGUUGUUCGGGGUCACGCAUGAGUGACAAUAUUACCUCU